CUCAAUUGUGUUACUCACGCAACAUCCAUGGGAAUAAGCAUGAAGGUUCAUCAGUUUGCACGUGGAUUCUGGGAGCACGAACCACCCUCCCUCUCACUUGGCUGCAAGCGCUUACGCCCUCUUGCUCCUAAGCUCAACACCACCAACUCCGACUCCAUUACUCCUUUUGAUCUCAAAAGCUUCAUUAGACCCAAUAGCGGACCCAGAAAACUUGGCUCCGACGACGACAAGAGAGACAGUACUCCUCAAAUGCAGGUUGAGACGCAUCCAGGAGGGACAAGGUGGAACCCUACGCAAGAGCAGAUAGGAAUACUGGAGAUGUUGUAUAGGGGAGGAAUGAGAACUCCCAAUGCACAACAAAUAGAGCAAAUUGCAGCGCAGUUAGGGAGAUACGGCAAGAUUGAAGGGAAGAAUGUGUUUUAUUGGUUUCAAAACCACAAAGCUCGAGAGAGGCAAAAGCAAAAACGCGACAGCCUUGGUUUAAGCCAUUCUCCAAGAUCAACUCAAGCUGCUUCCAUUACCACAACCAUAACCUUGGAUUCUAGGGGAGAAGUGGAAAGAGAAGGAGAUAGUCCAUACAAGAGGAAAUGCAGGAGUUGGGUACUUGAGAGCUUAGAAUUAGAAGAAGGAAGAGAGGGUGAGGGAGAUGGAACUCUUGAGCUCUUCCCAUUACACCCGGAAGGAAGAUGAAAGGGUUUCAAAUCACCUUCAUAAUUACAAAAAUGUUGUUAUGAUCUUAUUAAUAAUUUGAUGUGUUAGGGUAGGGUAACUUUUCUUUCUUUCUCUCUUUUUUCUUUGAUUCCAUUGGUUUCGAGAAAGAAGAAAGACAAGAGUUGUAUGAUCUCUUUGCACGAUAUAUUAAUUGAAUUCCUCACUUGGAAAUCAAUCAAACCUUUCUCUCCUUCUAAAA